CCAAGAAGAAAACAAUUUCAGAAAUCAGAAUCAUCAAGAAUCAUUGUAUUGCGUCCUAACCCUUACUCCAAGGCCUUACUCCUUGAUAUUUUUUAUGGAAACAUAAAUAUAAUAAUGGCUCUCGUGAUCUGUUUGAAAAUUUGAGAAUUUGAGUUCAGAGCGUUUUUGGUGCAAGUCAAAAAAUUGAAGCAGACGAAUUUGAAGUGCACAUUGGACAAAAUUGGGAUGACAAGCACCUCUGAGGAAAAUUUCACUAAGCCCACGGAGAAUGGUGCUUUAGACAAAGACAUUGACAAAGCUCGUUACUGUUGGGUGUGCUAUGCGUCGGACGAGGAGGACCUUUUGGCGUCCUGGGUGCAACCUUGCAAAUGUAGAGGCACUACCAAGUGGGUGCACCAGAUGUGCAUCCAGAGGUGGAUUGACGAAAAGCAGAAAGGGGACUGUUUCAGCAAAGUGCCUUGUCCUCAGUGUGGCACUAUUUAUCACAUAGUCUUUCCUGAACCAGGUUUUAUUGAAAUGCUCAUGAACACAGCUGACAAUGUUAUGAUCCGUGUCAGUCCGUUUGUCACCGCCGGAAUUGUCCUUGGGUCACUUUAUUGGACAGCAGCAUCUUAUGGAGCUGUCACAGUUCUGCAGGUGAUGGGCAAAAAGGAGGGCGUGUUCUUCAUGGAGACGGCGGACCCUUUGACGUUGCUGGUGGGUCUGCCCUCCAUUCCGCUGGUACUAAUCCUCUCAAAACUGAUCCACUGGGAAGAAUACCUCCUGCAAUUUGUGCGGCGCCAGGUACACUCCCUGCCGGUCCUUGGCUAUCUGCUUCCAUCCUUCAGGUACUGUCAACCAGAGGAGACGAGGCAGAGUGUCGAGCUGCCGCAGCUCAGCGACCCCGUGUCUUCGACUCGCAUUCUUUGUAGCGCCCUCAUCCUACCCACAGCCGCUACUCUCUGUGGCAAACUCCUUAUUGAAUCAACCUCUUCCAAUGUCCAGCGGACAAUUUUGGGUGGGCUAAUUUUUGUUGGUGUCAAAGGUGCCCUGAGAAUAUACUAUAAGCAACGGUGUUACAUACGGCAUUCCUUGAGGAGAAUCAUUGACUAUAUGCCGGAACAGAGAAGUAGUGAUUUUAAACCAGAACCGGUUGCUGAUAACAGUUAAUUUAUAAUUAAUAAAAGAUUAAAUUGCAAAAAGGAAA